GCAUCGAAGAAAGUAAACAGAAACAUCAGCCGGGAUGGAAUAAGUAUUUUCAAUAAGAUGGAGGUGUCAGCCGAGCAGGUGGAGCAGGCGGUGGUGGAGUUUUACCGGGAUCCUGUGGCCAAGAGCGGAUACAAUGCUUGGCUCGUGCAGGCCCAACACUCCCGCCACUCCUGGACCUUUGCCUGGCCACUUUUGGAUCCAAGAAAGCCUGAAGAAGUACAAUUCUUUGCUGGUAAUACGGUUUAUAUGAAAGUGUCAAGGUACUGGCAUGAGGUUCCAAAAGAAGAAUAUGAACCCCUAAAAAUCAAGAUUUUAAACCUAAUUGCACAAUAUAGUAAUUCUAAAGUGAUCCUCAAUAGAUUAGUGAAAUCGUUAGGAGCUUAUGUUAUCCACACAAUUCAGUCAGAGUGGACGACAGCAAUACAAGAUAUCAUAACUAUGUUUGACCCAGGAACAGUGUCAGGCAUAGAACCGUCAACUGCACUUAACUUGUUAUUUAGUAUACUUACUAUAAUACCUGAGGAGCUUGAAUCCAUGCAGGAAGCCAUGAGUAUCAACAGUAAAGACAAGCAGCUUAUAACAAGUGCUAUCAGAAACAGUCAUCAGUCAGUGUUGAGCCUGAUCUCCCAAGUGAUGCAGGCAGGACAAAUAAGCAAUGUGAUCAAGGAGGUGGUACUCAAGACUUUAAAUGCGUGGCUCAAGCUCUCCCUUCCCCUCUCUGAGACGAGGGACCUUCUAGUGGCCCUCAUACCUUACUCCAACUAUGCCCUUCUCUGUGAACCUGUGAUGGAUGCAAUGCGGACUGCAGUGACAGAUGUGGGCACCUAUAACAUUCCCAAUACAGUGAUGGAUUUUGUUACACAGAUGCUUGGUCUUACCCCUGUGCUGGAAGAAGCACAACAUGCAAAUGAUGAAAACACCGCAUCGUUGGUGUACAGUCUUUUUACCUCAGUGGUUGAGUGUCACUCCCGGUUACUUCUUCAAUGUGCACUCCAAGCUGAGCACCAGGCAACAGUUGUGCAGGUGGUGGCUCUCCUCCUCCAGUGUGCCGCCACUCCGGGCCAGUACCCCACCGAUGAGACUACCUCUAACAUUCCUUUUGCUGUAUGGUUUACUAUCCAGGAUGAUAUUAUGACUUUUGAGGGAGAGCAGCAGGCAGAGCUCCUAACACUCUUCCAGCCGGUGUACCUGAAAUUGGUUGAUACUUUUAUCCAGAAAUCUCUGUUGCCUCCUGAUAAUGCUCUUACUUUAGAAGAGAAAGAGGUGUUCCGUUGUUACCGGCAAGACAUCUGUGAUACUUACAUGUAUGCCUACUACGUAUUAAGAGGAGACAUGUUGAGUCACUUAGAAGUUCAUCUGAAAGAUGCUGUAGUAAAAAUGCAGAGCGAUCCCAGUGAUUGGCGUUAUUUGGAAGCUGUACUGCAUGCAUAUUCUUCAGUGGCAGAGACUGUUGCUGAGACAGACAACUUCUAUGUGCCAAGGUUUAUUCAGAGUAUACCUCAGAUACCAUUCUCUGAUAAUAUUCAGUUAAUAUCUGUGGCCCUUACAACACUAGGAGCAUAUGCUGACUGGUUGAACUACCAUCAAGACCACAUGCACCAUGUUAUCCCUUUGAUGGUGGAGGGGUUAGUCAAUGCUUCCCUGGUGGGAGCUGCAUCACAGGCCCUGCGUGACUUAACACUGGAGUGCCCCCUCACCAUUUCCCCAUUUUCACAGCCCAUACUCACGAGUUGCCAAAGAGCUUUGGAACAGAGUCGGCUGGAUAGUGCUGAAACUGAGCGCAUCAUGACAAUUAUAAGCCGUGUGCUGUCAGUGGGGAAGGACCAACCCACUAUCAUGACCUACCUCAAUGCCACUCUCACACCAUAUAUUUCUCGUCUUAGUCACCUUAAGGAUCUCAUAGGAAAUGGUUUAUCUCGAGAGCAACACAAUGAACUGGUUUCUCUACUCAAGCUGUUAUCGUGUCUGUCUAGGCAUCUUAAUCUGAAUAAUACAGCUGUGGAGGAAGAUGAUGAUGAGGAUGGAACCACUCGGAGACAUUCACAGGUGGUGAGUGGAGAGCCCCAGCCACUACUACUAGUCUUGCAACAGCUGAUGCCCCUCUUGUCUGAUAUUGCAUCUAAGGCCAGCACAGACCAGGAUGUCAUAGAGGCUCUGUGUAAACUUCUAAAAAACAGCAUCAGUACGCUGGUAGAUGACUGUGUAGCUAUCUUACCAGCAAUCCUAGAAAUUAUACCUCAGCUUUACGAAGCAUCCCUCAACCCAGCAAUAUUAGAUUUAGUUAAGCAGCUUGUUAUACUGUUCGGUCGGGAAGGCAGCCAAGAGGCAAAUAUGGGAGUGUUGUUACGAAUGGUUACUUCGACUACCUUGAGUAGAGCAUCAGCAGACCUGUGGAACCACACUGAUGCUGUCCAAGGCUGCCUUGCACUCCUCACUGCUACAUUUAAGAAAACACCUCAUCUUACGACUACUAAUCAUAACCAUUUAGCACCACUAUUUCAUCUAGGUGUAGAAGCCAUCAAGUUACCUGAAGAAGGAACUGCUAGAAGUGCUGGUCACUUUUUAGCUGGCUUCAUUAAUCUUAGUCGAGACCCAGCAGGAGGAUGUCUGCAGCCUGUUGUUGCUCACAACACAGAGACACUUGUCAGAACAUUGAUGUUUUGUAUAUGCAACUCGCCUCGCCAUAGCCUGAGUAGCUUCAGUGAUGUCCUAAGUGCAUUAUGUAAGAUGUAUGGGGAUGAUCUAGCUCGCACCUUCAAGACUGUACAGGCGGAUGAAACCUUCUUGUUACCUAGAGUCACUGCACAACAAAAGGAAGAAUUUGCUAAGAAAGUUCUAAAGAAUCGUGGAAGCAAGCGAAAAAUUCUUGAAGCUGUGACUGACUUAGCACUGAUUGGCAGAGGUUUAGCUGGCACAGAUUAUGGAGCUCAAACUCGUGGAUUCCACUGACAAGCUGCCACCCUUGUGAAGUAUGGGUGUGGUACUUGAAUGGUUGGCCUGCCUAGGUUUUCUUGCACUAGAAUAUGUUCCAUGCAAAGAUUAAUAUGCCAUCUCAAAUUAAGUGACAGUAUUGACACCAGUUGAUACAUGUCAGAUUAAUGUAUUGAUUCAUAGGGUUGUAUUUUUAAUUAUUGCCACAGAUAAUGAUGUUGGAAGUUAGGCGAGUAUAUUGUAGCUUGUUAUAUUUGGCCUUUGUGAUAUGUUGUUAGUAAGAGAAGUGGGUCACACACAUGCCCUGUAUUACUGUUACACUGCUUUUGCUCAGGCAACACUAAUGAAACUUUGGAUGUUACAUGUUUUAGGGCAAGAGAUAACUGUUGCAUAUAAAAUGAAUAUUUAUUUUUAUCUUCGAAUAGUUAUUGAUCUAGUACGGCAAGAGCAAUGCCUCCUAUCACAGUAUUAAUAUUUUUUUUUUACAAUUAGCAAGAUUUGGGAAUGGAGAAGAAACCUUUACUUAUUCACUCAUUUUUGUUACCUAGAAUUUUCCUUCAAAACAGAGUUGACCUGUUUAAGAAAAAAUAACAGUAUGACAUGUUGAGCAAAAAAAAAUCAAAUAUAUACAGAAUAGUCAAGUGACUUUUGAUAAA